GCAUUGCCUUUUUAAGGCCGGUGACAUCACGCUUCCGGGGGCGUGGCCCGUCCUUAGGAAUACCCGGCCCUGCGCUGGGCUGAUUCAUUCGGGGGCUGGUGCUGGAAGCGUCGACGUCGGCUCCUGGGCCGGGCGCAGCCUCACUCCUUAUUGGCUGGUUCUCGGGGACCGCCCUCUCCCCCUCUUGCCACCCCUGGGUUCCCUCCCGGGUCCGCAGUAGAAAUACUGCCCUCUCGCUUCUUGACCCCUGGGCCUUUCUCCCUCCCUCUUCCCUCCCUCCCGCUGCCGUCGUUGCUUCAGGAGCCCCUGCUCCCUCAGGAGCUCCCGCUUCGGUGAUGGGUUCUCGGGCUUCCACGUUACUGCGGGACGAAGAGCUCGAGGAGAUCAAGAAGGAGACUGGCUUUUCCCACAGUCAGAUCACCCGCCUCUACAGCCGGUUCACCAGCCUGGACAAAGGAGAGAACGGGACUCUCAGCCGGGAAGAUUUCCAGCGAAUUCCGGAACUUGCCAUCAACCCACUGGGGGACCGGAUCAUUAAUGCCUUCUUUCCAGAGGGAGAGGACCAGGUAAACUUCCGUGGAUUCAUGAGAACUUUGGCUCAUUUUCGACCCAUUGAGGAUAAUGAAAAAAGCAAAGAUGUGAAUGGACCAGAGCCACUCAAUAGCCGAAGCAACAAACUGCACUUUGCUUUUCGACUCUAUGACUUGGAUAAAGAUGACAAGAUUUCCCGUGAUGAACUGUUACAGGUGCUACGUAUGAUGGUCGGAGUAAAUAUCUCAGAUGAGCAGCUAGGCAGCAUUGCAGACAGGACCAUCCAGGAGGCUGAUCAGGAUGGAGACAGCGCCAUAUCUUUCACAGAAUUUGUUAAGGUUUUGGAGAAAGUAGACGUAGAACAGAAAAUGAGCAUCCGAUUUCUUCACUGAAGGACUGAGACCAAACUGUUCCCUGCUUUCUAGUAUUUAAGAACUGGAACUUGAGGGUCCUCCUAUCCACUAGCCCCAUCUCCACCCCAUCAUUCCCCUUCUUCCAAAGUACUACUGCUGUUGCAUGACAACCCCAAAUAUGUUCUGUCAACACAAACCUGCCUUUGGUGUAUAAACAGGGCAUUACAGAAUGGUACACCAGUCUA